CGCAUAUAGCUUUGGUUCUCCUAAAUCUGAAUCAAGUACAGUACUAAAAUUCACAGAUUGUAAGCUCAGCGAGUUCAGCCCAAUCUAAGCCACCUCCUCUUUCAUGGCUCAAGCAACCCAAUCACUCCCGCUCCAAGACCGAGUCGCAAUCGUCACAGGCAGUUCUCGAGGAAUCGGCCGUGCCAUCGCCCUCCACCUCGCUUCACUUGGCGCCAAGCUUGUCAUCAACUACACCUCUAACUCGGCCCAAGCCGACCUCGUCGCAUCCGAAAUUAACUCCACCACCGACGCUCCCCGCGCCGUCGCUGUAAAAGCCGACAUCUCCGAUCCAGCCCAAGUCAAGUCCCUCUUCGACGCGGCCGAAUCGGCCUUCAACUCAGAAGCCCACAUCCUGGUCAACGUUGCCGGCGUUUUGGACCCCAAAUUCCCAACGAUAUCCAACACUUCUCUCGACGAUUUCGACAGAACUUUCAGCGUAAACACCAGGGGGGCGUUCCUGUGCUGCAGAGAGGCGGCGAACCGCCUGAGACGCGGCGGCGGAGGGAGGAUCGUCUGUUUGACGUCGUCGGUGGUGGCGUUGUCGCCGCCGGGGUACGGGACAUACACGGCGUCUAAGGCGGCGGUGGAGGCGAUGGUGAAGAUACUGGCGAAGGAGCUGAAGGGGACGGGGAUCACGGCGAACUGCGUGGCGCCGGGGCCGGUGGCGACGGAGAUGUUCUUCGACGGAAAGACGGAGGAGAUGGUGAAGAGAGUGGUGGAUCAGUGCCCGAUGGGUCGACUCGGGGAGACUCGGGAUGUGGUGCCGGUUGUUGGGUUUUUGGCGAGUGACGCCGGGGAGUGGAUCAAUGGUCAGAUACUUCGCGUUAAUGGUGGCUUCGCUGUCUGAGCUUCCACGUUGCUUCGUGUUUUUAAUGCUCUGCUUUACCACUUAUUUCUAGUGAAUUUCUUUUCCUUUAUUGGGAAGGUUUAACAUGUAUGAUGAUCAAGUAUUGGUCCAUACAGCCAGUUUACAACUAUUUUGACCGGACAUGUAACAUCUCGAUUGCAACGGAGACCUGACAGUUAUUGCGAACAAUAAUAUUUAAUGGUUUUAUUAUUGAUUUGUUUUGUUGUGAAUUAUUCGAUGGACCGGUAAAUAUGAAUCAUUAAUAUUGUAUAUAUAUAUAUGUGUGUAAUAAUUUUUAAGUUAAAUAAAUAUAAAAUUACCGUUUAGUGUUAGUGUUAAAAA